UGCCAGGCACUGCUCCUGCUGCUGCCUGGGGUCACUCCUACCUUUGGAGGAGUGAAAGCUGCCGAGGACAGCAGGGCAAAUAGCCCCCAGGAGUGUCUGGGAGCACUAAAGGUGAAUAGUUUCUAAAGAAGCAGUGCUUAGAACCAGAUUUGAUGGGACACUUGUACAAGGUUUUCUUCCUGAUUUCAUAAUUGACAAAGCUGAGACGGUGAAAUCUGACAGAAGGGUGUAAGGUGUGGCCUGCUCAAGCAGGUGCACUGACAGGUGCUUGCAAAGAUGUCUAAAACAAACAAAUCCAAGUCUGGAUCCCGUUCCUCCCGUUCGAGGUCCGGAUCGAGGUCCCGCUCCCGCUCCUUCUCCAAGUCCCGCUCCCGUUCCCGCUCUAUCUCCCGCUCAAGGAAGCGCAGACUGAGUUCUAGGUCUCGUUCAAGAUCCUAUUCUCCAUCUCACAACAGAGAAAGGAACCAUCCAAGAGUCUAUCAGAACCGAGAUUUCAGAGGCCAUAACAGAGGAUACCGGAGACCGUAUUAUUUCCGUGGCCGAAACCGAGGGUUUUAUCCCUGGGGCCAGUACAACCGAGGAGGGUAUGGCAAUUACAGGUCCAACUGGCAAAACUACCGCCAGGCCUACAGCCCUCGCAGGGGCCGCUCGCGCUCCCGCUCGCCCAAGAGAAGAUCUCCUUCCCCACGCUCCAGAAGUCAUUCCAGGAAUUCUGAUAAAUCAUCUUCCGACCGCUCAAGGAGAUCUUCCUCUUCCCGCUCCUCCUCCAAUCAUAGUCGGGUUGAGUCUUCCAAGCGUAAAUCUGGAAAGGAGAAGAAAUCGUCCUCCAAGGAUGCCCGGGCAUCCCAGGCUGCGGGAGAUAACCAAGGAGACGAGUCCAAGGAGCAGCAGUUUGCAGGAGCGGGGGCUCAAGAUGCCAAGGCAUCCGAGGGAUCAAAGCCAUGGCAAGAUGUGAGCGGCUAUGGCACAGGCUCCACGUCCCGAGGGUCGGAGCUGAGCCCCCGGGAGCGCAGCCCUGCCCUCAAGAGCCCGCUGCAGUCGGUCGUGGUGCGGCGGCGCUCGCCCCGGCCCAGCCCCGUGCAGAAGCCGAGCCCGCCGCGCUCCAGCCCGUCCCCCAUGGGCUCUGCUGCCCAGAGCGGCUCCAGCUCCUUCCAGGGGGGCUCCCACCAGAGCCCCUUCGAGCACGGCUCGGCAGGAAUGAGCCCCAGCAGAAAGAGCCCGGUGUGCAAAAGCCCCACGCCCGUCAGUUCGCUGUAUGGUGCCACUCCGAAGGAGGAGGGCACAGCUCCCGGGGGAGGAGCCUUCUCCAAGAGGUAUCUGGAAGAGCAGAAGACUGAGAAUGGGAAAGACAAAGACCAGAAAGUAACAAAUACUGAGAAAGAAAAAAGUAAAGAGAAAGGGAAUUUCUCUGAGUUGGGAUCAACAGAUGGAAAGGCAAAAUCUGACUCAUAUGGAUCGAAAACUGACUCGGAGAAGGGGUACCGUGGCAGCCAGUCACCCAAGCGCUACAAGUUCAGGGAUGACUUUGACAAGCUCAAGGUCCCAGAGUUCCACAAGGAAGGUCAUUAUGGAAAAGAUGAAACGGAUGAGCAGGACAAGAAAGACAAGGCAAAGAGCCGGAAAGAUUCGGAAUUUGAUGAUGAGCCCAAAUUUAUGUCUAAAGUCGUAGCGACUUCAAGUAAAAGUCAAGAAGAGGAUAGGUCAGGAAAGUGGGAAGGUGUGGUGUUCCUGCCACCUGGAAAAGAGAAGCAAAGGAAAUCUGAUGAAAUGGAGGAGGAAAGCUAUUCUGAAAGAUCCAAAAAAGAAGAGAGAUCAGGAUCAAAGAGAGCUGAACCUGGUCACAGGGGUUUUGUACCUGAAAAGAAUUUUAGGGUGACCACUUACAAGUCAAGCCAGGAAAAAAGCUCUUCCCCUCCACCAAGGAAGGCUUCUGAGGUGAAGGAGAAGCCAGGCACCAAAGUAGAGGGGCUAACUUCUGGCAAAUCCUCCUUUUCCAUUACUCGUGAGGCCCAGGUCAAUAUUCGAAUGGAUUCCUUCGAUGAGGAUCUUGCACGUCCCAGUGGCAUAUUGGCUCAGGAGCGCAAGCUCUGCCGGGAUCUCGUGCACAGCAACAAGAAAGAGCAGGAAUUCCGCUCGAUUUUCCAUCACAUCCAGUCGGCCCAGUCCCAGCGAAGCCCUUCUGAACUGUUUGCUCAGCACAUAGUGACUAUAGUCCAUCAUGUAAGAGAGCAUCACUUUGGGUCUUCAGCAAUGACACUGAAUGAACGCUUUACCAAAUAUCUAAAGAAAGGAAUGGAACAAGAUGCAGCUAAAAACAAAAAGAGCCCUGAAAUCCACAGGAGGAUAGAUAUAUCUCCCAGUACUUUUAGAAAACAUGGAUUCUCUCAAGAGGAAUCGAAAAGUUCCAGAGAUCCUGGCUUCAAGGCUGAAGGGAAAUAUAAGGACGACCCUGUUGAUCUGCGCCUUGAUAUUGAACGCCGUAAAAAACAUAAGGAAAGAGAUCUUAAACGCGAUAAAUCCAGGGAGUCGGUGGACUCGAGAGACUCAAGUCACUCAAGGGAAAGAUCAGCUGAGAAAACGGAGAAAAGUCACAAAGGCUCAAAGAAAAAGAAACACCGACGAGUGCGUGAAAGAUCCAGGUCCAGUUCAUCGUCCUCGUGGUCCUCUCAUUCAGUCAAAGCAGAGGAGUAUCCCGAGGAGACUGAGGAGAGGGAGGAAAGCUCCACAGGCUUUGACAAGUCCCGGCUUGGGACUAAGGAAUUCACUGGUCCAAAUGAGAGAGGAAGAGCGAGAGGAACCUUUCAGUUCAGAGCUCGAGGGAGAGGAUGGGGCAGAGGCAACUUUUCAGGCAACAACAACAGCAACAGCGGCGGCAACAACGACUUCCAGAAGCGGAGCAGAGAGGAGGAGUGGGACCCCGAGUACACACCCAAGAGCAAGAAAUACUACUUGCACGACGACCGCGAGGGCGAGGGCACGGACAAGUGGGUGAACAGGGGCCGCGGCCGUGGCGCCUUCCCCCGGGGAAGAGGCCGCUUCAUGUUCCGCAAGUCCAGCACCAGCCCCAAGUGGGCUCAUGACAAGUUCAGUGGGGAAGAGGGAGAAAUCGAAGACGACGAAAGCGGAACGGAGAACCGGGAGGAAAAGGAUGCGCUGCAGACGACAGCCGAGUAGCCGCGGGGUCGGCGCGGUGCUGGGAGCCCCGGCAGGAGGGGAGGGGUCAGGCUGGUGCUGGGGUGUCAGGGUGAGCCCCACGUGCUGAGCAGAGCCCUGGAGAGCAGCUCGGAAACCAUCCCGACGUUAUUUAACUGCAUUUCCAGAGUUCAGCCUCCCCAAGCACGGACUGGGACUGACCCAUCAUUUACGCUCGGAUCCGCUCCUGGAGUUUCUCUUCCCAAAGACUUCCCUUCUGGACUGGUACGGUCAAGCACUGGGUGAGACCCCAGAUUUUCCCUUCUCUGUGACCUUAUGGAUGGUCGGUUAUUUUUUGGUAACAGGCUUUGAGGACGAUGUGGUUUUAGUUUGUGCCCACCCGACCCCACGUGUCCUGACAUUUUGUUUCUCUUUUAUAAUUUGACCCAGUGACAGUCGGGGUUCACUCGCCUGCUCAAAUAUUCCUCCCCUAUUGUGUAUUCAAUUUUCUAAAUUCUGCUUAUUUUAGGCCUUUACAUAUGUAGUAGCAUCAAUUCAGAGAUAAUUUUGGAAACUAUUUUUGGUUCUUAUAAAUAAGAAAACAAUGAAGCAUGUGAGUAAACAUCUAAAUGUUCACUUGUUGGGACCAAACUGCUAUGACUUUUUUUUUUUUUUAACUUUUUUUUAUGUAACAGUUGAUUUUAGGGCCUUUUAAAAAUGAUUGUUUUCCUUUUAUGUUUGAAGUUAACAAAAUUAGCAUGGUUUAAAAGAGAAAAAAAAAAGAAAUACACCCUACUUCUGGCCACUCUUUGUGUUCACUAUUAGGCCUGGUGUGUGCUGGACCCCAAACUGCUUGUAGCAUUUGUGUCUCCUCCCUGCAGCUGGUUGUGACCCGAGUGCCCUUUCCAAGGUGACACAGUUUUCUAAGGAACUUCCGAAUUCUUCUUGGGCAAAAAUAUAAAUGGAGAUGAGAAUUUUUCAAUAUUUUUUAUUAAUCUUUUUAUAAAACCAAAAGGCAGUUUCCUCCUGAGCUGGUUGAGGACGGCCCUUAGGAUGCAUUUCUUUUUAUCUUCUACUUUAAAGAUAUUCUGGAGUAGUUUGUGGAGAGUUCCCGGCCAGGUCGUGAGCCUGGGCAGGGAGGCACAGCCAUGUCUGUGCUCCCCCUGUCCCUCUCCCCAGGAUUGCUGUGCUGUUCCCCACACACCAGCUAGAGUUUGGUUUGUUUUGACUUGAACAGUUCCUGUUUAGCAAAGCCCCGAAGUUUGUUUAUGCAAAUAAAAUACAAUAAAAUAAGUCGUAGGUGUAACUCUGCUUGGUUUGUGUCCUGAGUUUGCAGAGGGGGGAGCCUGAAAGGACCAAAUGCCUGGAGCAACAGGGGAGCAGCUCCCUGUUGGGUUUGAUGCAUUAAUAGAUCAUUCAGCCCCUGUUUUGGCAGUAAUUGCCUGGGGACAGUGGUGACACAACCACAGGCCUUUCCCCCACCCGCUGCCAGCAGGGAUUGUGUCAUCUGACACAGGACCAGCUCCGUCCUUCCCUCACCUGAGCUCCUCCCAGGAGAUGACACAGGCUCAUCCUGCUGCUGGGCAGCUGCAGCCCUGCCCCUGCAGCAGCUGC